UCCUGUUUCGUUUGUCGUUGUUUAAGUGGGGUUUAAGCAUUAAGGGUUAGGUUUCGUGAUAUCAACAAAUCGAUAAAAAUAUUCUUAAUUGAACGAUAAUAAUCCAAUGCAAAUAGUGUAAAUAAAUGAAGGCAAGAUGUCUACGGUCAAUCCAGAAUUAGUAAGAAAAUUUAAAAAUGCCAGAAAAGUUUUUAGUGAAGAUCUUGAUUCUAAAUCUGAACCAGAAGUUCGCGAAGAUGAAGAACAAUCUAUUAAAUUACAAGAAAUAAUUGAUAUUUUGGUAGCAGCUGGAUAUUUCAGAGCCAGAAUUAAAGGUCUUUCCUCAUUUGAUAAAGUGGUUGGAGGAAUGGUUUGGUGUAUCGAAUCUUGUAAUGUAGAUUUAGAUGUAGAUCUUCUAUUCAGAGAAAAUCUUAGUAUAGGUCAAAAAAUAGCAUUGACGGAAAAAAUAGUGGCUGUAUUGCCAAAACUUAAAUGUCCUCGCACUAUAGAACCUCAUCAGAUACAAGGAUUAGAUUUCAUAAAUAUAUUCCCCGUCAUACAGUGGCUUGUAAAAAGAUCUUUAGAGUGUCGUCAAGAAGUGGCUUCCUUUGUAAGAGCAUGUGCAAUAGAUCAAUUUAAUAAAAAGUUUCCAAUUUUGGAUAAAAAUCAUGAAAAACAUUCCACUUUAUUAGAAAACUUAAAUUUAGUAUCGGAGAUUUAUCGACCGCAUAGAUAUUAUAAGAGAAAAAACGCUGGUCAAGUAGAUUUAAAGUCUCAACUUCAAAUAACACUUCUCGAAUAUGGACAUAGUGAUGGUAGUCUACAAGACACUAUAUCUGAAGACAAGCAAGUUCCAGAUGAACAUAAAAUUUCUGAUUUGAAUGAAGACCACCGUAAUAAUCUAAACGAACAUUAUACAGCUCUGCAGUUAGAAUUAAAUGAUGCAGGUAUCCAGUCCCGAGAUCAAAUUAUAAUUGACUCUCUGGAAGAGAAAAAACAAAUAUUUUCUGAAAAAUGUAAUGAAUUUACAAAACAUCAAGAGUCCUUAGACAACGAAAUUGAAAAUAAUAAAGCAGUUUUGCAAGAAUUAAGAAAUAAACUGCAAGCAGCUACUGAAGAAUUACAUGAAUUAAACCAGGAAGAAAGUGAGACUUCGAAAAUUAAAGAAAUAGAAGAUCUAAUAAUAUUAAACGAUGAUUUAAAAGCUCAGGAAAUUCAAUUUAAAGACCACUGCAAAAGAGAGUUGGAAACUUUAAAUAAAUUAAUAGAAGAAACUAAAAAAGCGAAAAUCAAUGCCCCUGUGGAAACUUGUACAGACUUGACUGAUGAUAUAGAUGACACAUUAAACAAAAUACGUGUUCUCAGAAUAAAACUUGCCAAAGUUAAUAGAGAAGUUGCUUUGUUACAGAGACAAGUCGAUGAUAUUCCUAAGCGAGCAGAAUUGGCACAAUAUCAAAAGAGGUUCGUUGAAUUAUAUAACCAAGUGGCUGUCAAGCACAAAGAAACGAAACAGUACUAUAGCCUAUAUAAUACCUUAGAAGAUACUCGUUUUUGGAUGAAAAAAGAACUAUCCCUUCUUAAUUCCAUUAUUGAGAGCUAUCCUGAAGCUUUGAUUUCAUCAAAAUCCAAAGAAGAGUUUUUGGAGCAAUUUCAAAAUAUUAUUGAAAACGUUCGUAGUUCUAAAUCAAAGGCUGAGCAGAAAUUAGAUAAAGAAAAACAAACUCGAGAUCAGUUAAGCGACACUUUGCAUAGUUUGGUGGAACAACAGAGAAAAUAUGUUGCAGCGAUAAAACAAUUAGGGGUUGAAUGUAGAAAACAAGAAAUAUUAGUUAAAACCUAUUGUUAAAGUGAUUGAUAUUUAUUUAUGUUAUACGGUGUAACAUAAUUUUGCAUUGUUACUGUUUAUGUUGUUAGCAUUUAUGCUAGAUUUCUAGUUUUAAACAAUGUCACUCUUUUUCUAAAGUAUUAGAUGUUGCGUGGAAAUAUCACUUUGAAUGUCGUUUUUUUUUUUGUUAUGUUGAAUACGGGUUUUGGUGUUUCCCUGUACAUUUACUUUUAACUUAGUCCCUAGACUGUAGUAAACUGCUUGCCUGUAAAGUGCUGGUUUUCCUUUGUCGUUGUAGAAAAUAAAAGGCUAGCUACAAUUAACACCAUUUAAUAAAAAAUCAUCGAACUGUUACAUCACAAACGAAUAAACACUUUUCUGCACCCAAAUGGAUAUUAGCUUAUCUACGCACCGACUACAAAACGAAAAAGUAUGUCAUUACGUUCAACUGAUUGAAUAUAUUUCAUAUCCAUUCUAGGUAGUGAGAACACCGUAAAAAAAUUAAAUCCACCAAUCACAGUUCAUAUUUUGGACACCCAACAACUAUUAUUUUUAAAAUUUUCAAUAAGUGACAAUCCUGUCAAACUAAUUGUCAGUAUAUUUUUUAAUUAUUAAGAUUAAAUAUACAUUAAAAUGAGUUAUUUUUAUGUAGAAUCGAUAAAUAAUCGUAAAUAAUAGCAUUUCUAUUUUUAUUUGAACCAUAUUUUGAAACAAGAAUUAAAUUUUAUUCAAACUAUAUGAACCUAUUUUAAUUACUAGUAAUAAAACCGAUAUCGUAAAAGUGGCUGUAGAAGCAUGGAUAGAAUACUUAAGUUCCACGCGAAAAGCCGGGGAUCGAUUCUCGGCUGAUGACUAAUUUUUUUUCAUAUUUAUUUUAUUUUAAAAAUCAGUAAAAUUCAAUCAAUGGCUGUUUUAAGGGAAAUGUUUAGUACACGUAAUCUCGUUACUUGGAGAUGUUGAAUGGCCUGCGCGUUCACCCGAUCUUGCUCUACAUGACUUUUUUUCUUUGGGUAUACCUGAAAGCGAAGGUUUGCCAAUUCCGUCCCCGAACCAUUUACGAAUUGAAAGCAGGAAUACGCUAGAAAAUUGCAGGAAUUCAGAUCGGCUUCGAUUGUGUAUUGAAAAAAAUGGUUGCUAUUUGAACUUUGUAUGUUCAAAACUUAAAUGAAAAAAAAAAAUGGCAUAUUAUACAUUUCCAGUUCAUAAAAUGAAAUUCUAAAUAGGUUUGAAAAGGCAAUUUUAUUAAAGUUUAAAAUGUGGGAGAUCAUUUUGCCUGACCCUGUAUAUACCUAAACGAGUAAGUGUAUUUUACAGUGUUUUCAAUUAUGGAUGGAGUAUGUGGCUAUUUUGGACGGGACUCAUAUAUCUGCUUUUGUCGGUCAUGGCCUACUGUAGAAAUACAUUGUCAUGAGUUAUGUCAUCAAAAUUCCUAAGUAAUAUAGUUUUAAGUACCACAUAAUUGUACUUUGAUAAUUUCCAAAUGUUUCCUAGAACAGUAACAUUGUCAUUGCUGAAAUCGUGGUGUUUACUAUUACAUUGUAUACGAUAAUUGUUCAUUUAAGUGAAAUAGAACUUUUUAAAAACCCAAAGUGUUGAAAGAAAAACUUAAUUGGCG